GCGACAGCUCAGCCGAACGACAAUGGAUGAGGACAGACUGAAAUCGGGGGAACUCAUGGAAGUAAAGGUGGAUGAGGGUCCAGAUUUUACCCACCGCAAUUCACAAUCCCAGAUUGAGGACAGGGAUCCCAACAGAGUCAACAGCAGUCUAAAGGUCAUGUUUGAGGACGUGAUUGCAGAGCCCCCUUCAGUGCGGAGCUUUGAUAAAGUCUGGCUCUGGAGUCACGCUCUGUUCGAGGUGUCCAGACUGUGGGGCUACCGCUUCAUCUCUCUGGUGCUGGCGGUGCCGGUGUCACUGACUGCAGGGCUGCUCUUUGCUGUGCUCAGCUGCCUCCACAUCUGGCUGAUCACGCCGGGCGUGCAGCUUCUUCUCAUCAAUAUGCAGUGGAUCCAGACUGUGUGGGCCAGCAUACUGAACAUUUUUAUCACUCCUUUCUACACCAGUUUUGGAAAGUGUUGUGGCCAAAUUAUUAUCCGCCUGGCGAGUGCUGAUAACAGAUAGAGAUAGUUAUUUAGUUAUUGUAAGCAACUAAGCAGAAGGUAUCAAGAAAAGACAAGCAGUGAAGGAUUGCUAACUAUUUGCUGACCAGGAUCUUGUAUCAUUUAUCAUUAUUUUGUAUUUUUAUGCAUCUGUCAUGUUUUUUGGGCAUGCUGACACAUUCAUCAACUUUUCCAUCUUGUAAUGACAUUGACGUAUGGACCCUCUAAGUUACUUCAGCAGCACCUCACAAGAGCAGCGGAUAUGUGUAUUCCAAUGCCACAAAUACAAAAUGAAA